CGUCAGGACUCGAGGAUCAGGUAUCUCUCACCUGGGAGAGGUCUCUCCACAUUAGCGGACUUGUUCUUACUAGCUCCUCCGCGUGUUGCACCGGAGUAGCUUACUCACUCCAGAAUGAGGAAAGAGUAAUAUUAAAGGUCGAAGCCCUUCACACUCAAAUUGCGCGCGAGUGAGAAAGCGCGAAAGCGGCAGUACUAGCUCUACUACUAGUCAUCGCAGCCCUUUUUCGGGGGAGAAAAAACGACGCCUGACUCAGUUUAGUGUAAAUAUUCAGCGAACCGCCCGCCAUGGGUUACUAUUCACCUUCUCAAGCCGUUUUGAGUGCGCUGGAGCCAAUCACAGUCGAGCCUGAUAUGGUCGAGCCAAUCAGAGUCAAGCCCACGACAGCGGAGCCAAUCGCGGUCGAGCCAAUCACGGUCGACGUGUUCCCCGCGGUGUUUCUCGAGCGCGACUACGAGUUUCUGGGGGAAAUUGGCAGCGGGCAGUACGGCAAGGUGUGGAGGUGCCGCUCGCGCCUCACCGGCCGGCAGUUCGCCUGCAAGCAGGUCAAGAAACGGUCGGCGCGGACGGCAGGGACGUCACGGUCGGGCCGCGGGCAGCAAGGACGGAAGGGCUCUGCGGCGCAGGGCGAGACGCGGGAGCAAACCGGCGGGAAACCCGGCGCGGAUUGCGGGGAGAGUUCGGGAGGUGACGUGGACCCGAUCGAGCGGGAAAUUGCGGCGCUGACUCAUCUCGAGGGUUGCGUCAGCGUGACGUCACUGCACGGCGUGUUCGAGGACGCGUCGUCGGUUUUCCUCCUUAUGGACUUCUGCGAUAGAGGCGACCUGUUCUCUCUAAUUGCGGACACGGACGGGGUCCCGGAGGACGAAGCGCGCCAGCUGUUCGCUGACGUGGCACGCGCGGUGAAAGAGUGCCAUAAGCGGGGCGUGCUACAUCGAGACCUAAAGCCGGAUAACGUCCUUCUUUCCCUUAGAGACUCCUCCUCCGCCUCCUCCGCCUCCUCCGCUCCUUCAUUUCGCGGCUUCCGCGCCACGUCAGCCGCCGCCUCUUGCGGCGCAAACGCGGCGCCUCGCGAGCCGUCAGCAAGCCGCCGGCGCUACGAUGUGAAGUUAGCGGAUUUCGGCCUGUCGGUGAUUCUAAAGGGGGGCGGGCGCGUGCGCGGAUACGCGGGGAGCUUUCCGUAUGAGGCGCCGGAAGUGGUGGGGUUGAAAGCAUACAGUUUCGCGGCGGAUAUCUGGAGCAUGGGCGUGCUUUUAUACGCGUUAUUGUCUGCGAACUGGCCCGAGUUUAGGAACCGCCAGGCGCUUAACGAGGAGACGGACUGGACUGGUGCGUCGUGGGACCAAGUGUCGGAGGAGGCGAAGGAUCUCAUCCGUAGGUUGCUGACGGUGGAUCAAGAUCGACGGCCCACGAUCGACGACGUGCUGAGGCACCCGUGGCUGGCGCCCGCGACCCGCGUUGACCGCAGCGAAAGCGUUGACUCCGUUGACUGCCUGAAGGAAAUCAAAUCGAAGCAGAAUCUAUCGCUGCUCCCCCCGCUGCUUAUCCCCUCGGAGUCUCUAGACUCGCGCGAGUCUACCUCCCUCGAGUCGGCUUCGUCUAUUCCUUCGGAAGCUUCGUUUCUCUCCGCGCUUGCCGCUACGCCAGCCUCCCUCCCUACGCCUACUGCUCGUAAUACUGCUGCUGCUGCAACUAAUGCUACAGCUAGCACCGGGACAUAUCAUACGGUCUAUGAGGGGAGCGAAAAGCGGGGCGCGGGGAAACGAUCCGCGGAGAAGAGGCCUGCGCCUGGCGGGGAUUUUGGGCGGACGGGGAAGGGAAGCAGCGCAAACGGGCCCGCGGCGGGGGGGUUGCGCGGACGGCGGGCGGCAUCGGGGGGAUCGGCGGGGGUCCGCAGUAACUGCGCCAGCCGGGGGAGUAGCGCUUCGGAAACUCUUCCCGUUAGUGACAAUAUCGGGGUGAGGGAAGCGCGUGAGGCUUCGUGUGACUGUAUGGAGGGUUGCGGACUGAAGGGGUGUAACCCUACGAAAGAUAACCCGAAAAGCUCGUCGCAUCAACUGCUAAGAAAACGAGGAUCCGCGGGAAACGCGGAGGAAGGAGAAGAACCACGUGGACCAAUCGUGAAAGAGGAGAGGCGGAGGUGCUUUUCGGAGCCAGCCGGACCAAGCGGGAAUCACGGAGGAGAGAAGGCUAGUGCGAAGGACGAAAGCAGCAGCAGCGGCAGCCCGCGUCAAUCACGGAAUAAGGAGAACUAUUUAAGAGGCUCUCCUCCAGCCAGAAGAGGGUCUUUUAAAGAGUACGCGGUUCAAGUGGUGUCAAGUCUACGAUGGGGGAAUACCAGCGGUAAUUCCUGGCAACCCGGAUGCUUCUGCUCGAUCGCUCAACCCGUGGCUCCUGAAGCGGGCUGCGACGAACCCACCGAUUCUCCCGCUGCCCCUUCUCCCGCGGUCAUUAUUUCUGCUGCAUAUUCCGCUGCCCCUUCCGCCGUGUCUUGCGGCGCUUCUCGUGCUGAAGACGUACCUACGGCUGUUGAUUUUGGAGCUCCUAAAAGCGACACCACUGAAACCCCUAAAAGUAAAGAGAGCGCGGAUAUGGAUGUUCUGCGCGCCAUCGAGACCCAUUUAUCGGCGUUCUUUAUGACGAAGCAGACUCGGAAGUGUGCCUGACAGUGUAUUGGGACCUCUUCCUAUACUGCACAUUGUUUUUAUCAUUAUGUUUACCAUCUUUGUUUCAAUUAUCAUACAC